AUGUUAAAAACUAAUUCUUAUCAUCUUAAAACCAAUAAGAAACAAAAAUCAUCUCCAUUAACUUCCCAAGAGCUACUACAGAAAUUAUUAGAUUUCAAAUAAACACAAACUACCAUGAAUUGUUCUUAUGAAAACAAAACCCUAGUUAUGAGUGGAAAUUUAGCAAAGAAAAUCUCAAAAUCAAUUUCAAUUGGAAGUCGAAGCUGGAAAGAUAUAGUGCCUCACUUACAUGAAUCUGAUAAUUGUCUUAAAUAAAAAGAGGAAAUUGUUAAUACAUUAAAGAGAUCAAAGCAUGUUAGACAUAUUAGUUAGAUAUGGUCAAUGAGAAAUAGAACUGAUAGUAAUUACCAUACUCCAAGAAAAGAAGGGGUAAACGAUUUUAUUUAAAAUGCAAGAAUCUUUUUAAAAGAGAAACUAUUAGAAAAUAAGUUAGAUAAGCUUUGUUAUUAGGUUUAAUAAUUAAAAAAUAAAUCUGAUAUAUUGGAAUUAUAAAAUAAAUUACUUUUCGAAAACCUAAAGCAACAUCAUAAUGAACAUAAUAAUAUGCAAGUAUGUAAAGUUAUAUAGUAAGGAAAGAAAGGUUUUGAUGGGAAAGUUAGAUUAAAUGAUUACGAUGCAAAAGAAAUAAGAAUAAAGCAUAAAUUAUUUUAAGUAAUUGUUCAAAGAUAAUGAUGAUGAAGGAAGAAGAGUGAAAACCUAAACUUCCUAUCCCAAAUUAAGACCUGUUCUAUAUUCUGGUUAUAUAGGAUUAAAAAUAUGA